CUCAACCAUCCAGAGAUGACCACAGUGUCAAUGGAGCCUGUCGGAGUCCUCGUUGAAGGGGGCGCCAACGCCACCGACCCCCCUCUGAACUCACAUGAGGACACAGCAGCCACCUUUACCAUUGGCACCAUUCUCUCCAUCAUGUGCCUCGUUGGAGUGUCAGGGAACAUCUACACCCUGGUGGUCAUGUGCCAAUCCAUGAGGACUUCAGCCUCCAUGUACAUUUACAUCAUUAAUUUAGCUUUGGCAGAUCUGCUGUAUCUUCUCACCAUUCCCUUCGUGGUCUGCACACACUUCCUGAAGGGCUGGUACUUUGGGAGCACCGGGUGUCGCAUUCUGAUCAGCAUGGACUUCCUGACAAUGCAUGCCAGCAUCUUCACACUGACGAUCAUGAGCACAGAACGCUACUUUGCAGUGCUCAAGCCGCUCGACACGGUCAAGCGGUCUAAAAGUUACCGGAAGGCCAUCGCUCUGCUGGUGUGGGUAGCUUCUCUAAUCCUGGCCCUACCAAUGCUUGUGGGCAUUCAGCUAAUGACAGUGGGCAAGAAAGUCAUGUGUCAGCCCACCUUGUCCCCACUCUCCUACAAGGCCUACAUCUCCGUCCUGUUUUGCACAAGCAUCGUCGCUCCGGGACUGAUCAUUGGCUACCUCUACACCCAGCUUGCCCGCACGUAUUGGGUUUCACAGACGGAGACCUUCAAACAGACCAAGAAACUACCCAACCAAAAGGUUCUGUACCUGAUCUUCACCAUCGUCCUUCUCUUCUGGGCAUGCUUCCUGCCAUUCUGGAUCUGGCAGCUGCUGGGUCAGUUCCACCCGUCACUGACCCUCUCCACCAAAGCCAAACGCAACAUCAACUACCUGACCACGUGUCUGACGUACUCUAACAGUUGCAUUAACCCUUUCCUGUACACGCUGCUCACAAAGAACUACAAGGAGUACUUGAGGAAGCACAAGCGCUCCUGGACGGCAGGCAGCUACUUCAACCGGAGGAGCCGUUUUCAGCGCUCUCCUCGCAGGUCGCCAUCUUCCAGCAGUCAGCAGUGUACCGAGAGCUUCAUGCUCUCCCAUACAGCCUCCCUGCGAGCUCAUAACAGCAGUUUGUGA